UGGUGAGAUAUGAGAAUGAAAUCAUAAUGCACUGAUAAUCCAUGUAAAACAAAUCAAUUGUGAGGGAAUCACCCACUGCAAUGAUAUACUUGAUCAGUACAUUCAAUAAUGCAAGAGAACUCAACAUCAUAAAACAUUGGAGAAAUGUUGACAGGCUACAGUACACCAAUUGUCAGCUCAUCAAUGAUUCAGCUGCCAAUGUUGUGGCAACGUCACUCAUACAAACUCUCUUCAUUACAUGGUUACACUUCUGGAACAAAGUGAAGUUUGGACAUGGGCUCAGCAUUAAUUUUUAUUCUACUUUACCUCACCAUAAAGUCUUGUUGGUGUGAAAAGUUUAACAUUUUGGUAAUAAAUGACAAAAACAAUAAGAUUGCUGAGAAGGCCUUGACUGCAGCCCUAGCAUAUCUUGAACGCAAUCCACGCCAUGGGGUUGAAAUGGAGGAACCAGUCACGGUUCUAAAUGAUGGGGAAGACGGACAGGAGUUUUUAGAUUCCAUAUGUGCGGUUUACCAGAAAUCCCUGGAACAGAACAAACCACCAGAUUUGGUGGUGGAUUUGACGCUUGCAGGAACUGUCUCAGAAGCUGCCAAGACUUUUAGUUCAGCUCUUGCCCUGCCUACAGUCGCCACAGCAUAUGGACAAGAACAUGAUAUACGGACUUGGAGAUACUUGGACAAUGAACAACAGAAGUACCUGGUGCAGGUGUCACCUCCAGGUGAUAUUGUUCCUGAAGUUGUUCGCAGUUUUGCCAUAUAUCAGAACUUGACCAAUGCUGGAGUUCUCUUUGAUAGCUCAUUUGAGAUGGACCACAAGUACAAAGCUCUGCUGAGGAACCUACCAACUCGUCACAUUCUGGUCAGAGUAGAGGAACCAAAAGCCAUAAAAGAGCAACUGAUACGGCUCCGUAACUUGGAUAUUGUCAACUUUUUUAUCCUCGGAAAUCUAACUACAAUAAAAUCUGUGUUGGAUAUGGCCAAUGUCAAUAGAUAUUUCAACAAAAAAUUCGCCUGGCAUGCAAUUACUCAAGAGAAAGGGCAACUCAAGUGUAGUUGUUCAAACGCAACAAUAUUGUUUGUGAAACCAGAGCUUGACCAGAGUGGCUUUGAGCAGAUCAAUACGUUGCGUACCGCAUAUUCCCUGACUGCACAACCGGAGAUAGUAGCUGCAUUUUAUUUUGAUGUAAUUGUUCGUUCAAUUCUUGCCAUCAAAUCAAUGACUGCUAGUAAUGAAGACUUCAAAAACAUGAGCUACAUUUCUUGUGAAGAGUAUAACGAAGAAUUUCCUCCCAGAAGAAUAAACUUUGACUUUAGAAAACAUUUUAUGGAGAUCCAAGAGCCCACAUCAGUUGGUCCAUUGAAUUUGGAAAGCAAUGGCAAUAGCUUCAUGGAGUUUACUAUGAAACUGGAGAAAGUCCUGAUUCUGAACAGUCAAGUCACCUCAUCCAGAUCUGUCGGAGUAUGGAAGGCUGGCUUGAAUCGACCACUCACAGUGGAUGAUUCCUUAGCUCUUACAAACUUCUCAGCUGUCCAAGUUUUCAGAGUAGUCACGGUUUUGCAAAAGCCAUUUGUGAUACGAGAAGUGGACUCUGCUGGUAAUGAGAAGUUCUCAGGCUACUGUGUGGACUUGCUGGAGGAGAUCAGGAAACUGAUUGGAUUCGAGUAUGAAAUCUACAUAGCUCCUGACAACGAGUUCGGUACUAUGGACGAGCAGGGCCAGUGGAAUGGCAUCAUACGAGAGCUUAUAGAAAAGAGAGCCGAGAUUGGACUGACAUCUCUUUUUGUCACGGCAGAGAGAGAAAAUGUGAUUGACUACACAGUGCCUUACUACGACCUCGUUGGUAUUACCAUCCUUAUGAAGAAACCUAAAUCUCCUACUUCCCUCUUCAAGUUCCUCACAGUCUUGGAGAGUGAUGUUUGGUUGUGCAUCUUGGGAGCUUAUUUCUUCACCAGUUUUCUGAUGUGGGCGUUUGACCGCUACAGUCCUUACAGUUACCAGAACAACAGAGACAAAUACAAAUAUGAUGAUGAACAAAGGGAGUUCAACCUGAGAGAAUGUCUUUGGUUCUGUAUGACAUCUCUGACACCACAGGGAGGAGGAGAAGCACCCAAAAACUUUUCUGGACGUUUGGUGGCUGCAACUUGGUGGCUAUUUGGGUUUAUCAUCAUUGCCUCAUACACUGCGAACCUUGCUGCAUUUCUGACAGUGUCACGGCUGGACACUCCCAUAGAGUCAUUGGACGACCUGGCCAAACAGUACAAGAUACAAUAUGCUCCCCUGCAGGGCUCCUGGGUCCAAACUUAUUUCAGGAGAAUGGCUGACAUAGAAGACAGGUUUUACAACAUAUGGAAGAAAAUGAGCUUGAAUAGCAGCAUGAGUGAUGUGGAACGAGCCAAAUUGGCUGUCUGGGACUACCCAAUCAGUGACAAGUACACCAAGAUGUGGCGAUCCAUGACAGAAGCUGCUUUUCCUCUCACACUAGAAGAUGCUGUAAAACGUGUCCUUGAUUCCAAAUCAUCAAGUGAAGGAUUUGCUUUUCUUGGUGAUGCAACAGAUGUAAGAUACCAAGCUAUGAUAAACUGUGAACUCCAAAUGGUUGGUGAUGAGUUCUCUAGGAAGCCAUUUGCAGUUGCAGUUCAACAGGGAUCUCCAUUGAAGGAUUCAUUUAAUAAUGCGAUCCUCCAGUUGUUAAACAAACGGAAGUUGGAGAAACUGAAAGAGAUUUGGUGGAACCAGAAUCCGGAGAAAAAAAUAUGUGAAAAACCAGAUGACCAAGCAGAUGGAAUCAGUAUUCAUAAUAUAGGAGGGGUAUUUAUUGUGAUUUUUGUUGGUAUCGCUCUUGCCUGCAUCACACUGGCAUUCGAGUACUGGUGGAUGAGGUAUAAAAAGCCCAAGGAUGACAGUGAUUCUGUCAAUAGUAAAAUCUUCGAACACAGAAGAAAAUGGUCUCAUCAAUCAAACACCAAACGUGUGUCUUCUAUCACUGACGUUGCCUCAAGUACCAACUUUCCCUACAGAAGACGAGAACACAACCGUUGGUGAAAUAAAUAUUCACUUGCCAACAACAACAAACACGAUUUAAGCACUUUGAUGAAUGUAAUGAACAUAGCUUAAUGAAUGUAAUGUUAAUGUUAAUGAAUGUAACUUUUAAUAAAUAUAGAUAUUUCAACAGCUGCAC